ACACUUUAAUUAAUGUUUAUAAAUACAAGCCAUUGAGAAGUCAUGGUCUUCCAAGUUUGAGGAGACAUGGCUGAGCCAAACAUUGCUAGCAGAUGGUCUUUACAGGGGAUGACAGCUCUCGUCACCGGUGGAUCCAAAGGAAUCGGAUAUGCUAUCGUGGAGGAGUUGGCACAGCUUGGAGCCACUGUGCACACUUGCGCUCGGAACGAAGCUGAACUCAAUGAAUCCUUAAAUGAAUGGAACACAAAAGGAUACAGAGUAACUGGUUCCGUCUGUGACGUGGCGUCUCGUGCAGAAAGACAAGACCUCAUUGCUAGACUCUCCUCUGAGUUUAAUGGCAAACUCAAUAUACUUGUAAACAACGUGGGAACAAACAUAUGGAAAGACCUCUUGGAAUACACAGAGGAAGACUUUUUAUUUCUGGUGAAUACGAAUUUGCAAUCUGCUUUCCACCUAUGCCAGCUUGCACAUCCUCUCCUAAAAGCCUCCGAAGCUGCAAGCAUCGUUUUCAUAUCCUCCAUUGGAGGUGUGGUAUCAAUAAAUUUAGGAUCCGUUGUAUAUAGUGCAACAAAAGGAGCAAUGAAUCAAAUGACAAAAAAUUUGGCAUGUGAAUGGGCCAAAGACAAUAUAAGGACUAAUUGCGUUGCACCAGGAAUGAUCAGAACCCCUGCUGCUGAUGAGUAUUUAAAAGAGGGAAAAAUUGCUAAUGCAUACAUUCCACGAACCCCUCUUGGACGGUUCGGAGAAGGAGACGAGGUGUCUUCGGUUGUGGCAUUCCUCUGCUUACCCGCAGCCUCUUACGUAACUGGACAGAUAAUUUGUGUUGAUGGCGGCUUCACUGUCAACGGCCUAUACAUAAGCUAGGCUUAUUGUAAGAUUUUCCAUGCUUAGUCUUGUGAUGUUAAGAAUAAGUUAAGAGUGUACUCUCUCCUAUGUUCGAUUUAUAAUUUUAGAGUAUCAAGUUCUAGUCAUAUAUGAAAAUUUUACUAUAUGAUAAGUUAUUACUUAAUCGGAAUUA